CCGUUCAAUUGCCUUCGAGUCGUCCAAGUGAAAGCAGCAAAGUUCCUAGCUAAAAAUAAAAAAAAAAAAAAAUUAUAAAUAAAUUGCUAGCAAUUUAUGCGAAAACAAUAAAAAAAAAAACCAAUAUCACUUCCAAGUUCAAAGUUAUUUCAUACUUGAAAUAUAUCUUAAAAAAAAGAAAAUAAAAUAAAGAGAUCAACUUUAUUAUAAUAAAAGACUCUAUAUAUGCUAAUAUAGACAAAUCUAUUGCGUUGAUCACAAUUUAAAUGCCUUUCGUCGAAAGAUUCGUACAAAUUCGUAAUUUUGUUAUGAACGUUUGUCUCGUCGAGGCCCAACAAUUUGUCCAGGACCUAACGCAUGCCAUUUGCUUGGACUUUCGAGGCCUACUCAAUCUUAAAUAGAGCUGGCGAACUGGUUCGCUCACCUCAUCAAUUACAGUGUUGCUCAGACUCAACACACACACACACACACUCACACACACACACACACACACACACACACACACAUACACCUACUCUCACACACGCACCGAAUCGCAUCUGAACCAAAAA